AUGAGUGAAGCUCCAUUAUCAGACGUUAGAUUAUUUAUCAGACCUCUUCCAUUUGACAUCAAAGAAGAAGAAAUCAAAGAUUUCUUUGGUCCAAUUGGUGAAGUUAAAGAAAUUGUUAUCAACAACGGUUUCGCCUUCGUUGAAUACAACAUCGCUGAUGAUGCUAAAAGAGCCGUUGAAGAAUUAAACGGUAAACAAUUCAUUGAUGCUCCAAUUGAAAUUCAAUUCUCAAGAGCUAGAAGAGAAAGACACAGAGUUUUAGUUACUGGUAUUGCUGAAGGUGCUCAAUGGCAAGAUUUGAAAGAUUUCGUUGUCGAUCAAGGUUUCGAAGUUACUUAUGCUAACGUUCACACCAGAGAUAACGAUGGUACCGGUGUUUUAGAAUUCCCAACUGAAGAACAAUCAGCUGAUGCUAUUGCUAAAUUAAAUGGUGCUGACUUCAGAGGUUCUCCAUUAGGUUUAGAAAAAGAUUUAAACCCACCACCAAUCCGUACUGGUGGUUUCAGAGGUGGUUUCAGAGGCCGUGGUGGUUUCGGUGAUCGUGGUGGUUUCAGAGGUGGUUUCAGAGGCCGUGGUGGUUUCGGUGACCGUGGUGGUUUCAGAGGUGGUUUCAGAGGUCGUGGUGGUUUUGGUGACCGUGGUGGUUUCAGAGGUGGAUUCAGAGGCCGUGGUGGUUUUGGUGAUCGUGGUGGUUUCAGAGGUGGCCGUGGUGGUUUCGAUGGUGGUUACAGAUCAAGAGAUGAAGGUAGAGACUUUGGUGGUGACAGAGGUUUCAACAGAGACAGAUCCCCAGGUAGAUACUAA